AAGCGCAGUGGAGUAAGGUGUGUUUAAAGAGAAAUUUAGCACUCGAGACCGGAUAGUUGAGUAGAAUUAAACUCGGAUUUUUAUUUUCUUUCUCAUAAUAAUGGUGGGAUAAUAAACUACAGACGAUGGAAAUCUGCUCAGAGGCGGACAGUGUGGAGAAAAGGCGUGAACACUGGAAGCUUCUGUCCAACCUGAAGACGACCGUCGAAGGACUUCUGUCUACAAAUAAUCCGAAUGUGUGGUCUCGCUAUGGAGGACUGCAGCGACUUCACAAAGACAUGACCAACAUCCUGAGUCAUGGCCUCAAACACGAACAGGUGUACUAUAAGCAGAAGGAUUACUGGCGCUUCGUGUGGUGCCUGCAGUCCAUCAGUCCCAAACUUGCUCCUCAUGUAGAACAGUUCAGUCAGAUGGAGCCGGUGUUGAGCAGCAGCGUUCAGUGUGAGAGUGAUAAGGCAGAGCGUUGGCUGCUCCACAGCCUCCAGAGUCACACACUCUCCAUGCAACUAAAACCCCUGAUCACACACCACAACACGACCCGCAAAUACUAUACAGACGAGGCUUUUCUUCUGAGUGAGCUGCAUGUGGCAGCCAUGUUUCAGUGUCUGGAGGCGGUCGAGCAGAACGAUGCACGGUUGCUUGCCCUAAUCAACACUACUCGUCUGUACCACUUGAAGGAGUGCGUUCCUGUUGAUCUGCUCAACUCUCAGCAGUGUGUCCUGCCUGGACUUUCCAUGCGCACCCACACUUCGUCCUGCUUAUUCAGAGACAACACACACACACACCCUUCAUACGCCGAGAGCAGUACAGAUGCAGCGGUGUCUGUAAGUGCAUCAGGGGCCCCAUGGACAUGUUUCAGCACUGACCAAAGCAUCUCGGACCAAGCGAUGACCCAGAAUUCUCAGACUGAUUCCACCGUACCUGUUAACCCUGCCCCCUCAGAGGGUGGGGAUUGCGAUGGUGAUGAUGGACCAGAGUAUCUCGCCAUAGGGAACCUGGGGAGGCGGAGCCGCAGAGGUUCCGGCACUUCAGCACAAAGCACAGAGACUGCUCAAAGCAGAGACCAUGCUCAAGAAGCUCCGCCCCCCUCACAAAGACGCAGCUCCUACUCUGAUAUGGAAAGGGGAAAGAAACGAAGCUUCAGGGGUCACACAAGGUCACUGUCUGAUACAGGGGUCUUGCAGAAACACAAACAAGGAGGGAACCAGAGGAAAAUCACCAUUAUAAUAGAGGAUCCCGCUGAAGAGUCAGCUGUGGAUGGGCAGUGUGUGAGUAGUUUCGGGCCUUUCUCCCCUCACAGCAGCGAUAGCAGCCACAGUUCUCUUUAUAUGGAGGCCGGAUGUCAUCAGACUGGUAGUGGGUCUGAUGGAUUGUUCCGGAAGCCGUCGGAGGGUCAGAGUCUGAUCAGCUACCUGUCAGAGCAGGACUUUGGGAGCUGUGCAGAUCUGGAGAAGGAGAAUGCACACUUCAGCAUCUCUGAAUCUCUGAUUGCUGCCAUUGAACUGAUGAAAUGUCAGAUGAGGGGAGACGAGGCAGACGAGGACGGAGACAGUGACUGUGAGAUCCAGCAGCUCAAGCAUAAGAUCCGUCUGCGCAGACAGCAGAUCCGCCGCAGCCGCUUGCAGGCACCCAGCUCCACCCACCACACUCUUCCCUCUACAGACAGUGGUGGAUCUUUGCGGAGUUCCAGGGAUUCCCUGCUUCACACUGACUCUGGAUCAGCUGAUGAAGUGGAUGACCUUUUGCUGAAAGAUGUAGAUGCUAAACAGGGUGUAACUACGAGCAGCAGGUCCUUCAUUAGCUCCGAGUCUGUGUCUCAGUGGUUGUUGCAGUCGAAUAGUGCUGAAUCUGUUGCAAUGGGGCUGCUGCGUCAGUUUGAGGGUCUGCAGCUUCCCGCUGCUUCCGAACUUGAGUGGCUUGUUCCUGAACAAGAUGCUCCUCAGAAGCUGCUCCCAAUGCCUGACUCAGUGCCGAUCUCUCCCGAUGAUGGUGAACACGCUGACGUGUAUAAACUGCGAAUCCGUGUGAGGGGGAAUCUGGAGUGGGCUCCACCGAGACCUCAGAUCAUUUUCAACAUACAUCAUGCGCCCAAGAGGAAAGUGUUGGUGAUGAAGCAGAAUUACAGGUGUGCAGGAUGUGGAACUCGUAUUGACCCAGAUUACAUAAAGAGGCUGCGUUACUGUGAGUACCUAGGCCGAUAUUUCUGUCAGUGUUGCCAUGAAAACGCAGUUGCUGUGGUGCCAGGGCGUGUCCUGUGGAAAUGGGAUUUCGGUAAAUAUUACGUCAGUAAUUUUGCCCGAGAUUUGCUGGGAAAAAUCGCCCAGGAUCCUUUGUUCAACCUCAAUGACAUCAACAGCGGCUUGUACAAGAAGGUGAAGAACCUGGAGGCUGUGCGGGUGUUGAGGCUGAAGCUGUUCCACAUGAAGAACCUCUUUAAAACCUGCCGUCUGGCCAAACAUCUCCUGCAGCACUUUGACUCAGUUCCUGCACACCUUACUGAGGAUCUCCACCUUUUCUCUCUGAAUGACCUGACGGCCGUGCGCUCUGGUGACCUCGCACCCAAGCUGCGUGACUUUGUUCGGGCAGGGGCAGAGCAUGUCGCUUCCUGUGUGCUGUGUCAGGCAAAAGGGUUUGUGUGCGAGUUCUGUGGGAAUGAUAAGGACAUCAUAUUCCCGUUUGAGCUAAACAAGUGUCUCCGCUGUGAGGAGUGCAGUGCGUGUUAUCAUCGCUCGUGCUUCAAGAACAAGGGUGAGUGUCCACGGUGUCGCCGUCUGGCCGAGAGACGAGAGAGGAUGAACAGCAUAAACACAGAGGAAGAGGAAGGGCAAUAACACACACACACACACACGCACACACAGAUCAAGCCACAGAUUUAGAUUAAAUGUAUGUCUAAUGUGUUACUGCAGAUAUUCUGACCAUUUUGUUAAAAAUCUUUAUUUUUUUAUUUUCAAAAAUUUUUAUAUGUCACAAAAGAAUUCAGUGUGUUUAAAUUGUGUGUGUGUGUGCGCUCUUUAUCAGCACUUUGUUUAACAUUGAACAGUGUUUAAUCCGAAAACACAGCACUAAUGUCUCUGCCUCAGGUGCAUUGUGGGUAAUAUAAGCCAAUCAGAUUUUUUUUUUUGUUUAAUCAGGAUUGCAAUCCAGUAACUAUGUUAGCAUGAUGCUAACUAUGAGUGAAAUCAUCGUAGGGUUAGAAACAUACACACAAUUUUUUAUAGAUUCUAGUCUUCAGUCUGUGACUGAGUGUGUUAAUAAACACAUCUGGUAAUGACCUGCUAAUGACACUACUCUGUAUGUGUGUGUGUGUGUGUGUGUGUGUGUGUGUGUGUGUGUGUCCGCCCAGCAACUAUCCAUAAACCUGAUACUGACAGGAACAAGGCUCUUGCUGUAACACAAACAAAUAUUUGUAUAAAAUGUUUAUAUUCUCAGUGUGUGAAUCAGUUUCACUCUCCAUAUUAACCCCAAUUCUCUUCACUUUACUUUUAUUUUAAAAACUCUGAGAUUAAAAUGCACUACUGACCAACUGUAUAUGAAUGUUAAAUAAUGUGAUAUAUAAAUUUACUAUUAAAGACAUU